GAGGGCUUCCACUUUACUUCUCCGCUAGGGAAAAUAUUACUUGGAAGAUCCUUGUCGUUUCGAAUUGCGAUUUCUCUACUGGUAGGCGUCCAAAAUCCAACUAAUUACGACCAUUCUUGUUCAUCGCUCUCGUUUUUUUUCGGUUCAACAGAUCGCUAUCAAACGUAAUCGCACAUAUACAUAUUUCUGAUUGAAAAUUUUGUUCAAUUUGAUUCGAAAAUCGACGGAUUUUACCUACAGAUUCAUCCGAUUUCGCCUGAUUUUGAAUUGAGGAUUCAAGGGAAGAUCAGAUUAUUCGACUGUGUAUUAGGCAGAAUGUUUAACGGAAUGAUGGAUCCUGAAUUGAUCAGAAUGGCGCAAGAGCAGAUGAGUCGCAUGUCCCCGGCUGAUUUGGCUCGGAUGCAGCAGCAGAUGAUGUCUAAUCCUGAUUUAAUGAGAAUGGCUACUGAAGGCAUGAAAAACAUGAGGCCGGAUGACUUAAAGGUUGCUGCAGAACAGUUGAAGCAUACUCGUCCUGAGGAUAUGGCUGAGAUUGGUAAAAAAAUGGCUAAUGCUUCACCUGAAGAAAUAGCAGCAAUGAGUGCCCAAAUGGAUGCUCAGGUUAAAUAUGAAAUUAGCGGAGCUGAGUUCCUGAAGAAGCAGGGAAAUGAUCUUCACAGCCAGGGAAAGUUUAAGGAGGCCCUGCAGAAAUAUUCGCUUGCAAAGAAAAAUCUGUCAAGCAUUCCUGCCGCGAAAGGCAGGAGUAUCUCAUUGGCUUGUUCCUUGAACAUGAUGUCAUGUUACUUAAAAACUGGACAAUACGAUGACUGCAUAAAGGAAGGUAGUGAGGUUUUGACAUAUGACGACAAGAAUAUCAAAGCUCUUUAUCGUAGGGGUCAAGCUUAUAAAGAGCUGGGACAGUUAGAAGAUGCAGUGUCUGAUUUGAGUAAAGCACUUGAAGUCUCGCCUGAUGAUGACACUAUUGCUGAUGUCUUAAGGGGUGUCCAAGAAAGAUUGGUGAAAGAAGGUGGUUCUUCAAGACGUAGAGGAGGAUUGGUUAUUGAAGAAAUAAUUGAAGAAGAACCAUUAGUGUCUUCAGAAGCCGUGGAUAAUUCAUUUCCAAAAAGUGUUGCGUCACAACCACGUGAAUCGAUCAGCCCUCCUAAGAGUCAAAAUGAAAUUCUUGGUGGGCCUCCCUUAUCAAGUUCAGAGUCUUUGGAGGCUUUAAAAAAUGACCCCGAAUCCAUGAGAUCCUUCCAGAAUUUUAUUUCUCGCGCUGAUCCAGACACACUAUCUGCCUUAAGUGGUGGAAAUGCCAAAGGCAUACCUCCUGAAAUGGUAAAGACAGCCUCCAAUGUUAUUGGCAAGAUGUCACCAGAAGAACUACAAAGAAUGGUCCGGUUGGCAUCCUCCUUUCAAGGAGAAAAUCCCUUUCUUAAAAAAGGUUCCUCAGAUAGCUUUGGCCCUGGCUCAGUUCCUCCAAAUGUGACACCCGACAUGCUGAAAAUGGCAACUGAUAUGAUGGGCAAAAUGUCUCCAGAAGACAUGCAAAAGAUGUUUACAAUGGCAUCUUCAUUAAAAGAGAAAAGUCCAGUAUCGGCUGCAACAACUAUUGAUUCUAAUGGGUCAGGUCAGCAGUCAAAACCUCGUGACACUAGGGAAAAUUUUAAAGUGGAUGACAGUACAAGUGCAAGCACUUCAUCACAGGGGUUUUCUGAUUUAAAUAAUGGUUCUUACUCAAGCUUAUCAAGUUCAAAUGUUGAUCUGCAAGAAGAAAUGAGAAACCGAAUGAAAGAUCCAGCCAUGAGACAGAUGUUCUCUUCAAUGAUUAAAAAUAUGAGUCCAGAGAUGAUGUCUAACAUGAGUGAACAAUUUGGGGUGAAGCUCAGUCAGGCAGAUGCAGAGAAAGCUCAACAGGCAAUGUCAUCUUUGUCACCAGAUGACUUGGAAAAGAUGAUGAAGUGGGCUGAUAGAAUUCAAAGAGGAGUUGAAGGUGCGAAGAAGACAAAAAAUUGGCUCUUAGGAAAACCUGGCAUGAUCUUGGCUAUACUUGUGCUACUUUUAGCAGUCAUCCUUCACAAGCUGGGCUUCAUCGGGAGCUAAACUUGACGUUCUAGCCAAAUAUUAGCAUGAAGAGUUGAGUAGAGUUUGGAAUCCUUGUACUAAUGUACUUGAAAUGGGGAUAUCAGUGGGUAAACCUUGGUUGGAGAUGACAUUAGUUACUUUUGUUAUAUUACGCUUUUUUUUUCUUUCUUUAUUUGGGUGUUUGUAGAUGUAACUUAAACUUGACAAAUUAUUUAGUUCGCUGUUUUGCGGUAGAACUCGCCGUUUCUAGAUGAAGUUUUGGUAAGACUACCCUUUACAAAUUAAGAAAUCAUGAACUUACUGGCUCA